AUGCCGCCCCCCGCCCGCCUCGCGCUCGGGCUGCUGCUGCUGCUUCUUCUUCUCCUGCCGCUGCUCGGGCUGUGGGGCGCGGGCGUCGCGGGCGCGCUGGGCGUCGCGCUGCUGCCUCUGCUGGGCCGCCGGCUGCCCCGUCGGGGCGGCGCCCUCGCCGCCGACGGGAAGGCCGUUCUCAUCACCGGCUGCGACAAAGGCUUCGGCCAGGCCUUGGCCAGGCGCCUCCACGCCGAGGGCUUCACCGUCUUUGCCGCCUGCCUGCUCAAGGACCAAGGAGGAGACGGUGCCCGGGAGCUGGAGCGCCUGGGACCCUCGGGGCGGAUGCACGUCUUGCAGAUGAACGUCUGCAGCGAGGAGGAGGUGGCCAGGGCUCUCCAACUCGUGACCGGGAGCCUGAAGCGGCCUGAGCAAGGUCUGUGGGGCUUGGUGAACAACGCUGGAGUCGCCUCCUUUGGGGACGUGGAAUUCACCAGCGUGGAGAAGUACCAGAGGGUGGCCGAGGUCAACCUGUGGGGGGCCAUCCGAGUCACCAAGGCUUUUCUGCCCCUGAUCCGCAGGGCCCAAGGCCGCGUGGUCAACGUGAGCAGCAUGCUCGGCCGCAUGUCCAGUCCUCUGCGCUCCUCCUACUGCGUCUCCAAGGCCGGCCUGGAGGCCUUCACCAGCUGCCUCCGGCAGGAGAUGUACCCCUGGGGGGUGGGGGUGGUCGCGGUGGAGCCCAGCAACUUCAUCGCGGCCACCGGCAUCCUGACCCGGGACGGAGUCCAGGCCGAGGCCCAGCAGAUGUGGAGCGGGGCCAGCGCAGCCGUCCGCGCGGAUUACGGAGAGGCCUACUUCGCGGAGCAGGUCCGCCGGAUGGAGGGCUUUGUGCGCAGCGGCCGGAGGGACGUCUCCCUCGUGCUGGACGACAUCACCGAGGCGCUGACCGCGCGGCACCCCUACGCCCGCUACAACCCCAUGGAGGCCCGCUGGUGGGUCCGGCUGCAGGCCUUCACCCACUUGCCCACGGCUCUGGCCGACUGGCUCUACGUCCGCUAGUCCCUCGCUGCCCAUAGGCCUGGUGCCCAGUUUGGAAGCAAACAAUUCCUGCCUUGCGUGGGGUUGGACUAGAUGACUCUUGGGGUCCCUUGCAACUCUACAAUGCUGUGGUUCUAAGAUCCUACGCCCACAUCUUGGCAGCCAGCCUGAGAGUCAUCCUGGCCCAGAACUAGCCACAUGCCCAGCCCAAGUGGCUCCUGAGGCUGGGCAGGGUGUCUCUAGGCAGCCCUGGCAAAGAAAGUAACCCCACCAGCCUUUAGGUUCUUCUGGAGCAAAGCUGCUGGGGGGGUGUCUUCCACUUCUGGCACCUUCUGAAUGUGCCCACAGCAAGCGGUUGCCAGGAGACCCUGCAUUGGGUGGGGUGGGGGAGCCAUCCAGAUUCUGGGAGUGUAAAUGGGCCACUGACUACUUGCAAGGAUGCCAGCUGGCACCCCUUCUUCCCCCUCCCCCCAUGCCAAGGAAGCAAAUGGCAGCCUCUGCUCUGGAGGCCUCACAAAGAGCUGCUGCUGCUUUGCUCGCAGUUGCCUGGGUGGGAUCUGUCUCUCACAGGGGGAGGCUCUGAGGUGGGGGGCUGGGGGAUGUUGCUCAAGGAAUUCCAGCACCCAGAGAAAGACGGGGAGGGGGUCCCCAGUGCAGACAUCCCAUGCCAGCUGCAGCAGAAACUUCCCCUUGCCCUCAGCUGGGGCUCCCAGGAAGGGCUGCAUCAGGGCCUGGGACACGAGGACCCUCAAGCCCCCCCCCCAGGAGUCCUUCCUAGCCAGGCAGCUUCCACCCAGUCAGCCCUUUGACCCGUCGAGCCCCCUUAGCUUCUCCCCUGAGCAAGAGGAAAGGUCUUGGCCAGUUGGGCUGCCUGCCUGCCGGAUCAGGCCAAAGGGGGCCCAUCUGGUCCAGCCCCCUCUCCUCUCAGUGGCCAACCAGGUGCCUCAGUGGGAAACCCACAAGCAGGAUCCGAGCACAAGAGCAACGAUCUCUCCUCCUGCACUUUCCCCGGAGGUGCGCCGGGAGAUUGAACGGAAGACCUUCUGCAUACAAAGCAACUCUCUACGUCCCCGUUUCCCAGGGACAGUCCCCGGAUUCACAAAUCUGUCCCCGGAAUGUCCCCGGAUUUCAUUUAAUGUCCCCGGAUUUAUAUUUUAAGUGUUGUAGAUUUAUUAGUAGGGAAUGAAUGUUGCCUGAUUGGUUCAACGGCACAAGACACAUCAUAUGGGGAAUUCUGGUGAGGCAAAAUGGCGGGCGUCACAGCAGUGAGCAGCUCCUGAAGCCAGCCAGAGCCAACUGCGCUACCAGCCUGGCUCUGGGCUGCUGAGACUGCCACUGCCCCCGCCACUGCUGAA